AGGUUAUCCACUGGUAAUUCAUCAUGAAGUACAAAGAGGACUGUUUAUCUGGCAUUUUCUCCCAGUAGACCGUCACUGGAAAGAUGGAUGAACAACUUCACAACUCCACAGCAAGUGGCAACACAUCGGUCAUCCUGUCAGUUCCACGCAAUCUUUGGGAAGUCAUCACUAUCGCUACCGUGUCUGCUGUCGCAAGCCUAAUCACCAUAGUGGGAAACAUAUUGGUGAUGCUUUCUUUCAAAGUGAACAGUCAACUGAAGACUGUGAACAACUACUAUUUACUAAGUUUGGCUUUUGCAGACCUCAUUAUUGGAGUGUUCUCUAUGAACCUUUACACGACAUACAUUCUGAUGGGAAACUGGUCUCUGGGGAACUUAGCAUGUGAUCUCUGGUUAGCUCUGGACUAUGUGGCAAGCAAUGCUUCAGUAAUGAACUUGCUGGUGAUCAGCUUCGAUAGAUAUUUCUCCAUUACGAGGCCACUUACGUACAGGGCUAAACGAACACCCAAGCGUGCUGGCAUUAUGAUCGGCUUGGCGUGGCUUAUAUCCUUCAUCUUAUGGGCCCCUCCUAUUUUAUGCUGGCAGUAUUUUGUGGGUGAGAGGACGGUUCCUCCAAACCAGUGCCAGAUUCAGUUCUUCUCAGAACCCGUGAUUACAUUCGGAACAGCCAUCGCAGCCUUUUACAUUCCUGUCUCCAUUAUGACUAUUUUAUACUGGAGAAUCUACAAGGAGACCGAGAAACGAACAAAAGACUUGGCUGAGCUGCAGGGGAUCACGUCUGUGGAUAGUCACGAUAACCCAAAAACACAAAGACAACGAUCUUGCUUUGCUUUCGGCACUGCCCGACGUAGAACACACGGCUCGUGGUCUUCAUCGAACCAGAGUAACGUGACAAAGACUACAGAACAGUCUGAGGACAUGUGGGUGAAAUCAGAUCAGGCAGCCGCUCUCAACAGCUACACAUCCUCUGAAGAUGAGGAGCAUCCUGUUUCAGAAGCACCAUCUCAAGAUUCCUACAAAAACCAGGAUGAGCCAUCGAACUGUUAUGAAGAAAACCACUAUCUUGCUAAUUCCAUCAAGCAUUGCUCACAAAAGAACAAGAAAUGCAUCUCUUACAAGUUCAAGCCAGUCAUGAAGAACAUCAGCCCCCAGAAAGCCAGCAGUGAACCUGUUAAACAUCCUAGCCCAUCACCACAACACUUAACGCUUACGUCUGCGUCCGCUUCAGCCCAACCUAUGGAUGCCAGUCUCAAAAGUCAAAUCACUAAACGGAAGAGGAUGGUUCUCAUCAAGGAGAAGAAGGCAGCUCAGACCCUCAGCGCUAUUCUCCUGGCCUUUAUUCUGACCUGGACUCCAUAUAAUAUCAUGGUGCUCAUCUCCACCUUCUGCUCUGACUGCAUUCCUGUAUCCCUGUGGCACCUGGGCUACUGGCUCUGCUACGUCAACAGCACCAUAAACCCCAUGUGCUACGCCUUAUGCAACAAAACGUUCCAGAAGACCUUUCGAAUGUUGCUCUCCUGCAAGUGGAAGAAGAACAGAGGAGAGAAGAAACUGCACUGGUGUGGGCAAAACCCACCAAUGACCAACAAACUGACACAGCAAGCAGACUGAGUAAUCCAUCUGGCGAAAAAAAUGAUAUCUUAGCGAAUAAAUAUCUUGACUAUAGUCUAAUUUACCUCCUAUUUCUCACAUUUCUUUCCUCACAUAUGUGUAGGCAUUAUUCCGAUUUAACAUUUGAAAUGGUUUUGUUCAAUCAACAUUUUUGAUACCGCUUAUCCUACACAGGGUUGUGGGGGAGCCUGGAGACUAUUCCAGGGAACUUGCAGCACAAGGCAGGGGACACCCUGGACAGGGUGCCAACUAAUCACAGGGCGCGAUCACACACCCUGGACAGGGUGCCAACCAAUCACAGGGCACGAUCACACACCCCGGACAAUUUCAAAAUGCCAAUCAGCGUACAACACACAACUUUGGACUGGGAUAGGAAACCCCUGAAGCACGGGGAGAACACGCAAGUUCCGCACACACACGGUGGAGGAAGGAACCGAACCCCAAACCCUGGAAGUGUGAGGCAAACGUGCUAACCACUAAGCCACCACGCUACCCCCGUUUCAUAACAUAUUUAAUAAAUUUGCCUAUAUUCAAGAUAGUUUUCACUUGCUAUAAUAUUUCCUUAUUCCAAAUUAAGUGCCAGCUACGUAUAUGUCCUACAGCGUGUGUGUGUGUGUGUGUGUGUGUGUGUUGUUGUACACGUUUCUAGCUGUUGUAAUGUUUUGUGUACUGUCUAAGCAUUAACAUUGUUUUUGUACAUUUUCUUUUAAGGGCUUGGGUGGCAUGCUUAUUUUAAGUCGUAUUUUGAAAUCUGACUCAAAAUCGUAUUUCGAUCAGCGUAUUUAAAUUAAAGCAUAGUAAACGUGCCUAAAGUCUGCUUAAACUUACUUAGCAUUAGUGCUAGUUACUAAACUCUGAUCAACACCAAAUCACUGGGUUGUGAUAGAUUUCCAAGUGUUGCAGGAGGCAGUGAGCGGCGCUUACGAUCGUAUAAUCGCGUGGCAGCGGCGCAAUGCAUAAAAUCUUACUGCCGUACGUGAGAAUCCCAGGACGUCGGCAGUUUCUGUAACACUCAGACUAACCUGGAUAAAUCUGGCACCGACAACCGUGCCAUGCUCAGGUGAGAUGAACGUUAACUUAUUAAUUAACUGUAUCAUCAAAAGCUUCCGUUAACGUUCCUAUCAAACAUCAGAAUGGGGGAAGAUGCGCCAUGGCAAACAAAAUACAUCCAGCAAGCGCCGUUUCUGUGUGUAGAAACGCCUUGAUGAUGAGGGAGAUUAGAGGAGAACUGCCCGACUGUUUCGAACUGAUACGAAGGCUAUAGUAACUCAAAUUGCUACUGUUUACAACCACGAUGAGCAGAUCUCAGAACAUACACGUCGAACCUUACAGCAGAUAUGCAGCAGAAGACCUCAUGGAGUUAUGCUCCUGUCAGCCUAGAACAGGAAUCUGAGAGUACAGUGAGCACUUGGUUGACAGGAACUUUGACAGAAAAAGCCCAGGCAAAGCUUUUCCAAUCAGUCCUCCAAACUAUCCAGUGUCUGUGGGCCUGCGCAAAUUCUAUACACAACUGUGUGUGAAAAUCCCAGGAGAUGAGCAGAUUCUGAAAUACUUCAACCAGCCCACCUGACCCCAACAAAGUCCCAGAGAUUACAUUUACCUCAUUCUGAAGCUCCUCUUGACCUGUAUCUGCAUGAAUUUAUGCAUUGCCUGGCUGACAGGACCAUCGCACCAAAGAGCAGUUUUCCACAUGUUCCUAUGAAACAACCUAGUGACGGUAUAUACUCUAACUGUAGCAAGGUAAAGUUUCCAUACACCAAGGGCACGCUGAAAAACGCAAAGAAUUGAUUUUACCCAACAAGGAGUGUUUGGUCAUUCACAGACGCUCCUUCAUGAUCACAAGCAGCAAAACAGUCCUUCCUAUCUUCCGAUAAUAAUAGUGAAAAUAUAAACGGCAACUUAUUAGCAUGACAGCUUGCAUGCCCCUUUCUGUACGUCAUACGAACGUUCUCGAAUAACUCUUCGCCUUUAGCAUCUUUUAAAGAGAAAUUUAGUGCUAGAAUUCCACCUUCUUUCGAUUAAGCGAUCCUAAUCUCUUAAUCUAAAGAAGCUGCAGCUCGAGAGGGGAUAUCUCGAUUUCCUUUUGGUCUUCAAACCACCCGUCACUUUAUUUAUUUAUUUUUGCAUAUGUUCUGGAUUGUUGCGGUGUUCAUUCAUCCACUGGCGUAAAAGUAUUCUUCAAAGAUAAACUGUAAAGUAGACGUAUGCUUUGCUUAUUUAAUCCACGAACCGGAUUAAACAUCUGCACCCAGCCGUACGCGAGUAUCGUGUCGUCAUCGUCCUAGAUUCUUCCACACUGAAUCAAACUAGAAUACUGUUUUACUCCAAUUACAACAUAUAUGAACACACGCUAUGACUUUUAAUUUACAGGAUGUGACGUCUAAUACGGUUUGAGACUCUUAAUCCAACAUGUUUAUGAGGCAUAUUUAAGGUUCAUAACCUUAUAUAUCAAUCAUGUUGUAAAAAUCUAUUCCAACAUCGUAAGUGCAGCUUGUAAAUAUGCGAUUUAAUUUGCUAUGUGGAAUAAAAUGUUGUAAUAGAAUAACGGAGGAUUCGAUAGCAAAAAAUAAAUAAAUCAAACAUCAUUAACGUAUUUGUUUAGACAUUUCUUCGUACUGCUGCAUGUAAAGCAGAGAUUCAGUAGAACUGUAAAGCUCUCAGUCCUUCAUCAACCAAAGUGAAGCAUCACCAACACUGAAAACUAUAUAAACUAUAUAUCCUUCACAUGAUGUCCGUUAAGAGG